AAUAAAGUGACGUCAGAGAAAUAUGCAGUUACGGAUAUAUCCUCGUAGAACAAAAUGUGUAGAGAAUGAAACACUCAAAUGGAGCAAGAUAUACGAAACUGCGGGAAAAUAUUGAAAACGAAAAGCCGACCGAGUGACGACGUGCUACCAUGAAGAUGCUAACAGUUUGGGUAUCCGUGAUAUACACGUUACUUCAACUUGCUCAAUGUGAUUCGAAUGAGGAACGCCAUACAGCAAAAAAAAUGAGAAUGACACCUAAAGAAGCCUUGUAUGUCGUCUAUGCAGUGGAGGCUGGUUCGUGCGUUUCUGGCACUGACAACUUUCUAGAUGUGGUUUUCAACUAUUCUUCGUGGCGCCAUGUCACCAAACCAGGCAUUCACACAUCAAACUACCUCUCUAUGAUUAUAUCGAUGGACCACAACUUCAACAGACUUGACGAUAAAAUGUUCUAUUCACUGGCACGCGGCAAUAUCUAUGGCGAGAAACAUAUCUAUGGGUCGGGUAUUGGUAUCCAGCCCGGAGUAUAUGACAACCACCAUAGCCCGAGAUUCUGCCCAUAUGCCUGUAAGAAGAAUAAGACCGUCGUCGUUUUCGACAUUGCAGACAACUACGACUAUCUGUCGCCAACAAAUAAAUGGUACCAGAAUAUAAAAGUAAAGGAUUUUUCGAAGGUGCCAAUAAUAGAAGACAUAAUAACAUUCAACCCCGCUGACCCUUCUCAAGCGAAUAUCUCCUUUCGACAGCCCAUUGUGUCGUAUGAAGAUGGACAAUGGACGUUACCAUACUUCAACUGUGGUGGUGGCGACAUCUGGAUAGUGUCGUACACAUUGCCUAUUCUCGCAAUUAGUCCAUCAGGACUGCCAGUAUGUCAAGGUGUCCUUACAAUGGAUAUAGAACUGACCGACGUUGACAUCAACCAAUGUGACAUAGAAGGCAAUGAAAUACUACAUGAAUUCGGUAGCACACAUAACUGCCAACCUACAACGAAGUGUGUGCCUGUAAAAGGACAAGGUUUUAAACGUGGAACAUACCUGUGUGUUUGUGAAGAUGGCUACUACUUCCCAGACCCGACGGCAAAAGUCAAAGCUUACAAUGGCACCGUCGUCGAAGAAUACAGCGACUUGAAAAACGCGUCCGAUAUGGCGUCACGGUUUAGAUGCUUACCGUGCUCCAGGGGCUGCCAUACCUGUGUUGAUCCGUCCCCGUGUAUCUUCCAGAACAACUACAUUAUCAGAAACGUCAUCGCGUGUAUGAUCGUCUUAAUGAUCAUUGCUUGUUGCUGCAUCUCACUCGUUGUUCUGAUAUACAAGAAUGUUCUGAUAAUCAAGACGGCCAGCCCAGUGUUUCUUCACCUCAUGUGUCUUGGAGCGAUCAUCAUGUGCUGCCAUAUGUUAGUUUUAUACCCAGAAGCGACAGACAACCUAUGCAUCGCUGAAAUGUGGCUCUUUCACACUGGAUUUGCAAUUAUGUAUGGAGCUCUCAUUAUAAAGACAUGGAGGAUAUCUGUGUUAUUCACCGUGGGUAUGACCAAGAAAAUAAAUCUCCAAGACUCAACUCUUCUAACCGGAAUGCUGAGGACGGUUCUGUGUAUGAUUGUGUAUAUGGCGUGUUGGACGGUGAUCGAUCCGCCCUUAACGACACCAAGAACGGCAAACAACAAUCUCAAGUUCUUUGAGUGUGUAGACUCAGCCUGGACUUAUGUCAUUAAUGGAAUCGAAGCUACGCUAUUGUUGUAUGGAAUUUACCUGUGUUACGUCGUCCGGAAGGCACCUGUGUAUUUCAACGAAAGCAAGUACAUCACCUGGUCAAUAUACAACGCAAUUGUUAUCGGCAACUUUAUAUUUAUUUCAACAAAAGUGUUGGCCGCGACCACUGGACCUGAUACCUUGUAUGUACUGAACUUGGUCCUGUUACAGGCUUAUGUCACAGUCACGAUAGCGCUCAUCUUUGUGCCAAAGUUAUGGGCAUUAAAAUAUCCGGGACACACUUCUACCUCGUCCAUUACGAAUUGGAAAUCAUAUGAAGUCUCAAUCAGCCAUGUGACUAUUCCACAAGGUGACAAGACUACACAAACAGAUGAUGGAGAGCUAUUACCCAACUAGAGAAAGGAUGUUGGACGCUUAUCAGCAAAUGACCAACUGGCUGCAUCUCGGAGUUCUCUGAGGGUUGUGACAGGUGAAGACUCCGUACCGGGCCGAGUGCCACCGUGACAGUACACUACCUUUCACGUCAGUGUAACAAGCCCACAGUUUAAAUAUUCAUAACCCUCCACAACACUGUCCGAUACUUAUUUUUGGAACUGGAGUUUCUUGUUCAGUAAAUUCAUUUGUAUACG